GCUCCCUUGUUCGUAUACACAGCAACCAUCUGCACCAGCCGAGUGUCAUCACUAUACGGGAAUCAUCACCGAAAAUUACGACAAGCCGGAUAAUAAGAAUACUCAACGCAUCGUCAUGACCACCCAUGGAGAUACCCUUGUCGGUCAGGGACGGUACUACCACGACAAAAAGGCUUUUAUCAACGCUCAGGUCAGGCUGUUGGAGACACCCAUGCAACCGCCGUCUGACUGGAGACACCAUCGGGCACGGUUGAACGCUAGGGGCGAGGCCCAUACUUCCAUCCCGGAGGGCGUCGUCUCUGCUGUCUUGUCAAAACUGCAUACCAUCAGCACAAAGUCUUCGCGUAUGACCUUUAACAGUCAAUCUAUCCGUCAGAUGCUAGAGCAAUUGGAGGCGAACCAGUAUGAGCUCCGCAAGAAGGCGCGGCAAGGAGGUGUCAUCAUCAGGACAAAGAGCGCUCAGGAAAUUCUUGAGUCGGACUGGAUCGACAUGUUCCCAGAGACAUGGCAGCAACACCAGGAUGAAGCGGGACUCUCCGCUACCUCGAAUGACCCUUCGUUGUAUUCAUCAUCCAUCGCACCCCUAGCUCCGACUCCGAGCCUGUCUAGAUUACAAAAGUAUGCAGAUUUACGGUCCCGGAUUGUCGCGAUGCAGACCAGAUACCAGGAGUUGAAAGACAAACACGAGUAUUACAGGACACUACGGACCGAAAUUAGGAGGCUGGAUGCGGGAGAAAUACAAAAAAACAUUCUGUCUCCAGACUCGCAUGUCAUUCAGGAGCUGGAAAGAAUGAAGGUCAUUUUGCCCAGGCUGGUGAGCAUCUUGAGUUCGAGACAUGAUGUCCUUUCGGCCAAGCGAAAGCAUCAAAUGCUCUCUGCGACUCCAGGUACGGUGCAUUUAAAUGCGCUCACCUGAACAAAUGAAUUGGGCUGUCAGAGUUCCUGUUAACAGUCUGUGCUACCUUAUCUUCUGUUAGAUGCAGACGCCAGCAAGCGACAACGACUUCAUCCUUCAAACCCUCUCGAUGCCAUGAUGGAUUGCUUCCAAGAUUGAGCCUUCUUCUAGUUGAUCCUUCGGAUCAUUGUACCAUAUGUCAUCUUUACAUGUACUUUACAUAUAAAAAAAAAAA